UGCCGCGGCGGCAACGGCACCUUGAAGCAGCCUCGCCGGGGAGACGCCGCCGGCCGGGCUCGCGGGGGUGGGGGGGCGGUCGCCCCAGGGGUUCGCCCGCCGGGGAUUGGAGCACGGCGGGUCGUCCGCGCCGUGCGUCCUCGCCUGCUCCGUCUUCGGCGGGUCGCCCGCGGGUGGUGGCGCGGACAGCAUCGCGGCUUGAGAUGAAGCUGUGACAGAUGGGGAAGCUGAGACCCAGAGGGGCAGCUUUGUCAAGAUUCCAUAGAAGAGCCAGGAUUUGAAUACAGUUCUUCUGAUUGUUUGAAAACACAAUGGCAGGAAAUAGCCUUGUCCUACCCAUUGUUCUUUGGGGUCGCAAAGCACCAACACAUUGCAUCUCAGCAGUACUUUUAACAGAUGAUGGGACCACAAUUGUAACUGGAUGUCAUGAUGGACAAAUAUGCCUCUGGGAUCUUUCAGUAGAAUUGGAAGUUAAUCCUCGAGCACUGUUGUUUGGUCACACAGCCUCAAUCACCUGUUUGUCUAAAGCUUGUGCUUCUAGUGACAAACAGUAUAUUGUGAGUGCAUCUGAAAGUGGAGAGAUGUGUCUCUGGGAUGUGAAUGAUGGCAGAUGUAUUGAGUUUACAAAGUUAGCCUGCACACAUACAGGCAUACAGUUCUACCAGUUUUCUGUUGGAAAUCAGAGAGAAGGAAGGCUUUUAUGCCAUGGCCACUAUCCUGAAAUCCUUGUUGUGGAUGCCACCAGCCUUGAGGUGUUAUACUCCUUAGUAUCAAAGAUCUCUCCAGACUGGAUUAGCUCCAUGAGUAUUAUCCGAUCUCACCGAACACAAGAGGACACUGUGGUAGCACUCUCAGUGACGGGCAUCUUGAAGGUGUGGAUUGUUACCUCUGAAAUAAGUGGAAUGCAGGAUACUGAGCCAAUAUUUGAGGAGGAGUCCAAACCAAUUUAUUGUCAGAAUUGCCAAAGCAUUUCUUUUUGUGCAUUCACACAAAGGUCACUUUUGGUUGUGUGCUCCAAAUAUUGGAGGGUAUUUGAUGCUGGAGACUAUUCCUUGCUGUGUUCAGGUCCUAGUGAAAAUGGACAGACGUGGACUGGAGGUGACUUUGUAUCAGCAGAUAAAGUAAUCAUUUGGACUGAAAAUGGGCAAAGUUAUAUUUACAAACUACCUGCCAGUUGCCUCCCAGCUAGUGAUUCAUUCCGCAGUGAUGUAGGGAAAGCGGUUGAAAAUUUAAUUCCUCCUGUACAACAUAGCCUCUUGGAUAGAACAGAUAAAGAGUUGCUAAUUUGUCCUCCUAUUACUCGGUUCUUCUAUGGAUGCAAGGAACACCUCCAUAAACUAUUAAUUCAAGGUGAUUCUUCAGGAAGAUUGAGUAUUUGGAACCUGUCAGACACACCUGAUAAACAGGAAGAACUGAAAAUGACAACUUCUAUUAGUUUGCAAGAAGCAUUUGAUAAACUGAAUCCUUGUCCUGCUGGAAUUAUCGAUCAGCUGAGUGUGAUUCCCAAUAGUAAUGAGCCUCUUAAAGUAACUGCAAGUGUGUACAUACCAGCACAUGGACGACUUGUCUGUGGCCGUGAGGAUGGAAGCAUCAUUAUUGUACCUGCCACACAGACAGCCAUAGUACAGCUGCUGCAGGGGGAACACAUGCUCCGAAGAGGUUGGCCACCUCACAGAACACUCCGCGGUCAUCGGAACAAAGUCACAUGUUUGCUAUAUCCUCAUCAGGUCUCAGCUCGUUAUGAUCAAAGAUAUCUGAUAUCUGGAGGUGUGGAUUUUUCAGUCAUAAUUUGGGACAUAUUUUCUGGAGAAAUGAAACAUAUCUUCUGUGUGCAUGGUGGCGAGAUUACUCAACUUCUAGUUCCACCCGAAAACUGUAGUGCAAGAGUGCAGCACUGCAUCUGCUCUGUAGCCAGUGACCACUCAGUGGGACUCCUAAGUCUGCGAGAGAAGAAAUGCAUUAUGCUGGCAUCUCGUCAUCUUUUCCCUAUUCAAGUAAUCAAGUGGAGGCCUUCUGAUGAUUACCUAGUAGUGGGAUGUUCAGAUGGCUCUGUAUACGUCUGGCAAAUGGACACUGGUGCUUUGGAUCGCUGUGUGAUGGGGAUCACAGCAGUGGAGAUACUGAAUGCUUGCGAUGAAGCCGUUCCUGCUGCAGUGGACUCUCUCAGUCAUCCGGCGGUCAACCUAAAGCAAGCCAUGACACGGCGUAGCCUUGCUGCUCUUAAAAACAUGGCCCAUCAUAAGCUGCAAACUCUUGCAACUAACCUGUUGGCUUCUGAGGCGUCUGACAAAGGAAAUUUGCCUAAAUAUUCUCAUAACUCCCUGAUGGUUCAAGCAAUAAAGACAAACCUAACAGAUCCGGACAUACAUGUGCUUUUCUUUGAUGUGGAAGCGUUGAUUAUUCAACUCCUGACUGAAGAAGCCUCUAGGCCGAAUACUGCGCUUAUUUCCCCAGAGAAUUUGCAAAAAGCAUCUGGCAGUUCAGACAAAGGGGGCUCUUUUCUAACUGGAAAACGAGCAGCAGUUCUCUUCCAACAAGUGAAAGAAACUAUCAAAGAGAACAUAAAGGAACAUCUCCUUGAUGAUGAAGAGGAGGACGAGGAGAUGAUGAGACAGAGAAGAGAAGAGAGUGAUCCAGAGUAUCGGGCCAGCAAAUCUAAACCAUUAACCCUAUUAGAAUAUAAUUUAACGAUGGACACGGCAAAAUUGUUCAUGUCCUGUCUUCAUGCCUGGGGUUUAAAUGAAGUUCUGGAUGAAGUUUGUCUUGAUCGCCUUGGCAUGCUGAAACCGCAUUGCACAGUAUCUUUUGGUCUCUUAUCAAGAGGAGGUCAUAUGUCCCUGAUGCUUCCUGGCUAUAAUCAGCCCACUUGUAAACUGUCACAUGAGAAAGCAGAAAUAGGAAGGAAGCUGCCAGCAACUGAGAGCGUAGGAAAGGGAACUUACGGAGUAUCCCGAGCUGUCACCACACAGCAUCUCCUGUCUAUCAUAUCUUUGGCAAAUACGUUAAUGAGCAUGACCAAUGCAACUUUUAUUGGUGAUCAUAUGAAGAAGGGUCCUACCAGGCCACCUCGACCAAGCACCCCAGACCUUUCUAAGGCAAGGGGUCCCCCUCCAACAUCCAGUAAUGUUGUACAAGGACAGAUUAAACAAGGAUGGAGUCAGUUAGCUGCUAUGCAUUGUGUUAUGCUGCCAGACCUGCUGGGAUUAGACAAAUUUAGGCCUCCACUUCUAGAGAUGCUGGCUCGGAGAUGGCAAGAUCGAUGCUUGGAGGUCAGGGAAGCCGCACAGGCCCUGCUUCUAGCUGAAUUGAGAAGAAUUGAGCAGGCUGGGAGGAAAGAAGCCAUCGAUGCCUGGGCCCCUUAUUUACCACAGUAUAUGGACCACGUCAUAUCACCUGGAGUCUCAGCAGAAGCCAUGCAGACUAUCAGCACUGCUCCUGAUGCCCUGGGGCCAGAAGCCAAAGUCCAGGAGGAAGAGCAUGACCUUGCAGAUGAUGACAUCACAACUGGUUGCUUGUCAAGUAUUCCACAAAUGAAGAAGAUUUCCACAUCUUAUGAAGAAAGACGGAAGCAAGCUACUGCUAUUGUUUUACUAGGAGUAAUAGGAGCUGAAUUUGGUGCUGAAAUUGAACCUCCUAAAUUGUUGACCAGACCUCGAAGCUCUAGUCAAAUUCCUGAGGGAUUUGGCUUGACUAGUGGUGGAUCCAACUACUCACUGGCCAGACAUACUUGUAAGGCACUGACAUUUCUUCUGCUGCAGCCCCCCAGCCCCAAACUUCCUCCACACAGUACAAUCCGAAGAACAGCCAUUGAUCUAAUUGGACGUGGUUUCACGGUCUGGGAGCCUUACAUGGAUGUGUCUGCUGUCCUCAUGGGGCUUCUUGAACUUUGUGCUGAUGCCGAGAAACAGCUCGCCAACAUCACAAUGGGGCUGCCUCUUAGCCCUGCAGCUGACUCCGCCCGCUCCGCAAGGCAUGCCCUCUCGCUCAUCGCCACUGCCAGACCACCCGCCUUCAUCACAACUAUAGCCAAAGAGGUACACAGACAUACGGCUCUUGCAGCAAAUACCCAGUCACAACAGAACAUGCACACGACAACUCUUGCACGAGCUAAAGGGGAAAUUCUGAGAGUCAUUGAGAUUCUUAUUGAAAAAAUGCCCACAGAUGUUGUGGAUCUUCUUGUGGAGGUUAUGGACAUCAUUAUGUACUGCCUUGAAGGAUCUUUAGUUAAAAAGAAAGGUCUUCAAGAAUGUUUCCCAGCCAUCUGCAGGUUCUACAUGGUCAGCUAUUAUGAGCGGAAUCACAGAAUAGCAGUUGGAGCUCGCCAUGGUUCAGUGGCCCUGUACGACAUCCGGACUGGAAAAUGUCAGACAAUCCAUGGACACAAGGGACCAAUCACUGCAGUGGCCUUUGCUCCUGAUGGACGAUACCUUGCCACCUACUCAAAUACGGACAGCCACAUUUCUUUCUGGCAGAUGAACACCUCGCUGCUGGGGAGCAUCGGCAUGCUCAACUCGGCGCCACAGCUGCGCUGCAUCAAGACGUACCAGGUGCCGCCCGUGCAGCCCGCCUCGCCCGGCUCCCACGGCGCGCUCCGGCUGGCCCGGCUCAUCUGGACCUCCAACCGCAACGUCAUCCUCAUGGCCCACGACGGGCGGGAGCACCGAUUCAUGGUCUGACGCGGCCACCUGCCGGGUUGCUCUGUCCUUCCCCGCGCGGAUCAUUCCUCAGUGCCCGCCCGCGUCACCCGGGGUACAGCCGAGGCCCUGUCACCCCUGCAUGGCUCUCGGGGCACACUCCCGCUCGUGUCCCCUGUCUGACGCCGAGGCCUGCACACGCCAUGCUGCAGGAUGGGGCCCGUCCGUGACACUAGGUCAUUUUGUUCCCCCGGCUGGGGUGGGGGGGUGUCCAGUCCCUAGGAGCACCCCUGUUGCUUGGUGCACCAGAAGCCUCAAAUUCAGUAAACACUGUGAUUGCGUUCCCAGCCCGGAUCAGCAUUUUCAUAGAGCUAACCCCCCCCCACCCCCCCGAACUGCUGCUUGAACCUGAUGGUGUUGACAUUGGGUUUGGAGGUCAUGUGGCAGUCCUAAUUAGCGAAAUUAUUUUCCUUUGGAUUUCCUGAAAUACAUUAUUGUUUACCAAAAAGAUUUGGUGUUUACAUGGUUGGUUCCCCCCCCCGGCCCCGCCCUAUGAUUGGUAGGAAACUACUCACUACAAUUUCCUAGGGUUUAGCCACUACUAUUAACACCUAACAGAUUUGAGAUUAAUGAGAAAAUAGACCAAAAAAAAAAAAUGUUCCUCCUCACAAGAGAAUACAGUUUCCUAGACACCUAGCCUUCUAAAAUGCUCAUAUCCGCACUGGGUGUUAUUCUGUAUGUUGGUAAAUUGAACACCAAUAAAAAUUAAUUUAUUAAAAAAAAAUAAAAAUAAAAAAUAAAAUAAAAUGCUCAUAUCCUGCUCAAUAGUAUAUUUAGUAGUUUGAAAUAAAAAUCAUCAUUAUUUAUGAUCUAGUUAAUGUACUUAUCCAGUCACUAUAAUCUCUUAAAUGGGCUUUUAUAAUAGAGAACUGAGUUUGGAAGCAUAGCAUAUAUACUAAAUAAGAUUCUAUGUCUGUUGCUACAGGUCCUUUUAAAAAAGACCUUACCCCAUCCCUCCAGAAACCUCACAGACCUGUAGUCCCCACAUGUACGACCUAAGUCAGUUAUGUAAUAGUUACAGUUCAGCCUUCGAACUGAUCAAUUAAAAACAAAGACAGCGUCCCUUUUUACACAAGUGUCCUAGAAAAUUAGUAACUACGGCACAAGCAUUCAGGAGUACAUAUAAAACGUGAGGGCUCUCAAGUUAUUUGAGCCAACACUGCAAGGAGGGUGUUCAUCAUACUUCAAAGGAAGCUUUAACUAGGUCGCUUUCUUCUCCUUCUGUCAAAUUAUGCUGGUUCUUGCUCAUGGUGAUGGAAAAAAAAAUCCAUAAAAUAACAUUUUGUAUGAAUUGCUCCUCCUAACAAAUCUUGAUCUGUACAUAGUUGGGGAUUUGGUGGUUUGGUUAGUCGAUUGGUUGGCUAGGCACAAUGGUUUAUUAAAUACCAAAACAAAAUGACUUAUUAAAUUCAGAGCAAAUAUGAAGUUUACAGAGGAACCAAAAUGAUAACGGGAACAUUUAAUUGGAAAAGCAUAGAUUGUCAGAGUUCAUGUAAUAUACAAAAAAAAAAAAAAGGAUCACAGUCCAGGAACAAAUACAUGUGUCAUUUUAUUGAAGCAGAUUUUUAAAGAACAUGUUAAGAAAUUAAGAUCACUGGAACGUCUCUUUCCUGUUGAUAUGAAGUAUGUUAUUUGCAUUGAUGGCGAACCUGUACUGUUUCUUGGUUUUAAGACUUUGUUCUUUUAAAAGUGAAUUUAUGCCACAUGCAUGUACGUUGUAUUUAUAAAGAUUAUAUAUGUAGUUUCCAAGGAAGAAACAAAGAACUAUACAGUGUAGAUGUAUUCGUUUGGUGAACAUGCUCGUUGUGUUCAAUAUAGGUAAAGAAACUUGCCGUUAACAAAAGACGCGCUUGGUUUUUUCCAGUGGGCUCCCGAGUCUUCUCGAUACCCAGCACAUGUUUACUUUAUGAACUUAAAUAGGGAUUAAUUUAUUCUAGACUACAAAAUUGUUUUGGAUUGAUGACGCAAAAGUAUACCUUAGAGAGUUUUUUAAAACAAGAUGCAUCAGGGAAAAGGUGUGAGACAGUGGCAGGCCACCACAGACACACCGUGGCACGCACCACGGAGGCCUGGAACAAGCGCGGGGCCCGGGGGCCAGACAUCGGGGCAGUGGCCACAGGCUAGCCCAUCCCACAUGCUGUCAUUGGCCAGUAGGAUAGCCCUACCAUACACCUGGGGCAGAUGACACCUGAGGGUUAGACGUCUCUAACCGCUAAAUGAGCAUUUGCCUUCUUGUUACCACAAAUCUCCCCUUGGCUAUUUUGACAACUACAGUCCCAGACUUGAUCACAGCUUAGACUUCUCAGCACUGAGGUAAACUUUGUAUUGUCCUCCCAGUGUAUGCUUUUAGUGUCUUAUUGAUUUCGUCGGCACCGUAUUUGGACCUAUCCUUGUAAACGUAGAGACAUAUGUGGCUUCCGUGGUGAUUUACAAGCAGAAGAUGACAUGAUGUACACCUGUAUGAAAAUGUAAUGAUUGAGCUCGCUGUGUGCAGCGACUGAAUUAAAAUGUCUGCCUCUCAAGGCAUUUCCACUUAAUAGAUUCUAUAUGUGCUGAAUGUCCCUGUGUACAUAUGUGUGUUAAAUAAAAAGGAAUUGUUCUGAA